UUAUUUUCCGGGUCAUUUAACGCGAGGCCCGGAGGCUGUACGACCGCUUCUUCCGGUGCCUUUUACAGGGAGCAAGGAGGAAGUGGGGGUAUGGACCAACUGACAGUGAAUAAGAGUCAGGGAUGGGCAGGCCAGACGGGCUGGUCUGUGGCCUCCACACAGGCCCCCCUCCUCAACUCCCUCUCCUGCCGGGACCCAUCGGCACUAUACGGCCACCAGCAGGGAGCGGGUGACAGUUUCCUGCGCACGCUGGCGUCCAUGUCGCACAUCCACAGUCAUGUGUCGCCCGCCUCGCUGUUUGCCAGCGCCCCUUUUGACCCCCCGCAGCCGGCAGAUGCCCGAGGAAAGCUCGGACCGCUGCAGGGGGUCCAUCAAGCCCAACUGGCACCCCCAUGCGCACCACCCUCCUGUGCGCCGCUCUCUUGCACUCCGACCCCAUGCUCCCCUCGGUCCCCCCACAGGCCCCCUUUUCAGUCGCCAUCAUCACCGUGUUCUUUCCAGAGCAUCUAUGAAAUGUCUGCUGCUCACAACCAAACCCCAUCGACGCUCCCUGUGGUGGCUCAGUGGAUUGACUCAUCACACUCCAAUGCUUAUAAUGACUCUUCUCAUCCCAACACAGGCGGCUUCAUUCCGACACCGGCUGUGACAAAACGUUCCAUGGUUUUACACCAGCGUUCACUUUUACUCAAACAGCUGUCAGAGUUGGACAAACUGCUGGAAUCGCUGCCUCCAGAGGAUGAUGUUGGUGUGAACGUGCACCUCCCGGCCACUCAGUUGGACUCACUGCCUCCAGAGGAUGGUGUGGCCGUGAAGUCACCUCACUCGGCAGUUCAGUCUCCUCCAUCCAUGGACGAGUCGCCGCCACUUCAAAGCGAGACGCCACACAAAGUUGAGCCGCAGUGGUACGCGUUGUCCGACGGCCGUUCUUCGCCACCAGAGCCCUCACCUCCGCCACAGCUGUCACCGCCGCCACAGCUGUCACCGCCGCCACAGCCGUCACCACCGUCACCGCCGCAACAGGCAUCACCGCCACCGCAGCCGCCACAGCCAUCCUACGACGAGGAUCAUGAAGACGACGAUGAUGACUUGACAGACGACUCUGCGUGUCCAGAGCAUGCAGCAGAAUCUGAACAUGAAAAACAAUUUGAGAAGUCAUCGGAAGAAGGCGAUCGUUCUUUCUCACCAAAUGACGAGGGUGACAUUUCUGAUGAUCUGUCAGACUUUGGAGACGAUGAGAUCUCCCCCUCAGGCAGAUUCCGUCGCAGUCCAGACCACAGGAUGUCCCUAAGCAAUAAAAAGCCAGUCCUGGAGUCCCUUCCCAUCGAGGCGCGAGAAGCUAAGACAGAAUGGAGCCGGCUGAAGAACGUGAAGGUCGGUGCCAUGAAACAACCCCGGAAGAACUGCAAGCGUGUUUAUCGCCGGAACUACUGCUUGUUUUGCUCCAAGCCCCUCGUCAAGAUGUCUAAGCACCUGCAGCGCCAACACAGCCAAAAGGACGAAGUGGCUGCCGCGCUCCGCUUCCCCAAAGGUUCCAGAGAGCGCUAUAAGGUGUGGAACCGGCUCAUCAACCAGGGUAACUUUGAACACAACAAGAAAGUGCUGAGGACUGGUGAGGGGCAGCUAGCAGCGCGGAAAAGACCCCUGACGACAGGCCAGGCGCAGGACUUCUUGCACUGUCUGCACUGCCGAGGCCUGUACAUGAAAAAGAACCUGGCGGGCCACAUGAAGCGCUGCCCGGAACGGAAGAAGAAGGACGACAAACCGCGGAUGAUCUACGACGACGUGACACGCCUCAUCAUCAGCGAGCCCGUCCUGCUGAGUUACGGCGAGGACAUGUUGGCACAGCACGGCACCGAUGGUAAGCGGCAGGAGUACAUGCGGCAGAACCUUCGCCUGAUGGCCCGUUUGGUCCUGGAGGCUUGGAAGAGGACGCCCCUGAAGAGGCUGGAGGAUUUCUUCCUCCCCGACAACUUUCCGCACGUGGUGGCCGCUGUCAAUGUCCUGGCUGGCUAUGACUCCAGCGGAUGCACAUACAGCACGCCCUCGCUGGCCAUCAAGCUGGGCUACUCCCUCCAGAAGGUGUGCCACAUCGUCCAGGAGAGGGCACUAGAUCGCGGUGACACUAACCUUGCAGAGUCGGCUAAGAGUUUCAUGGUUGUCUACAGGAAGCAGUGGAACAAGAUGAUCUCCUCCAACGCCUUGUCAGCUCUACGAAAAACCAAAAGGAGCUCCAGGGAGAUGGUGCCUGACGUUCAGGAUGUGAAGAGACUGAGCUUCCACGUCGAGAAAGUCCACCUACUCGCCGAGGGGAAAUUGCGAGCGGAGCCGUCGGCAGAGUCAUACGGCGCUCUGGCAAGGGUGAUUCUGGCUCGUGUAGUUCUGUUUAACAGGAGACAAAGUAGCGAGGUGUCCACCAUACCUCUCACCGCAUUGAAAUCUCUCAAGGAACCCAACCCGCAGGAGAAUUUGGACAUAUUUGUUUGUGAGUUGGAGAGGAGAAUGUGUCUGGUCCUCAACAGGAUGGAGAUCCGCGCCACCUGCGGCCGCAUGGUCCCAGUACUGCUCAAACCGGCCUUCCUGUCGACGCUGGAGUUACUGGUCGAUGUCCGAGAGGCUUGUGGCGUCCCCCCGAGUAACCCCUUCCUGUUCGGGCGCCCCCACACGCUCUCAGCCUACCGUGGCUCCAAGUGUGUGCAGAUGUUUGUUAAAGACAGCGUCGCCGGGGAUCCAGACGUGUUGACGUCUGUUAGCAUCCGCAGGCACUACGCGACCAUGCUGCAAGUCAUCAACUUGGACCCCAUGGAGGCGGAGCUCAUCCUUGGACCCAACAACCAAGUGGAGAGCCUACGGGAGAAUAUUGGUUUGCAACUGAAAGACAUUGGCAUGGACCCCGAAGGCCUAAACGCAGCACCAUUACAGUGUGGAGGAGCACGGCCAGUUGCAUCAUGGGAGCACCGUGAAUAUGUGACUGGAUUGCCUGGCACUCAUUUGACUAAUUCCACAGCACCCCGGGAAGGGGCCGGCAGAGUUCAAUCCACAAUCAGCAAGCACAAAUGGAGCAACUGCGAGGUUGCCGCCGUCGAGAGACACAUGAUGUCCUUCAUCCGAGGCCACAAGGUACCGCAGAAGCUCGACUGCCUGCGCUGUCUGGACGCCGAGCCGCGAGCCCUGGGCACGCGCUCCUGGAAGGGUGUCAAGGACUAUGUGAGGAACAGGAUCACUGCCCUAAAAAGACAAUCCAAACCCUCGUAGCACUGAUGAUUUUUUUUUUUUUCAUUCUGUAAUUUCUGUGAUCAUGCUUAUGAAUAAUUCCAAGUGUUGAUGAGUGUUUCAUGUUUUCAUUUCUAUGCUUCCGGUCAAUAGCGCCAAAGAGAUUAGGUACGAGAGCUGUCUCAGAAAUUGGAAUAUAAAAAAUUUACUAAGAGGUUUGUAAUUUUUUUUUAUAGUCAUAAAGCAUCAACAUCUUGCAUUCAGAAUGUACACAAUCAUAAAACCAUGUUAAAUAAAUGACUGUACUACU